AUGAUUCGGAAUCAUAAGUUCACGAAGUACAUACUUGAGACGAAGGGCAAGCCCGUGCCAGCACACUACCUGAACCCGGAUGCACCUCAGCCUGAUAUACGUGAAACAACACCCACCACCGGAAUUCCCCAUCUCAUGGAGCUCAAAGCCAAAGUAGAGAAUGAUAUCGCAGAGUUACGCGCAGAGCACCAAGCCGACCUCUCCGUGCUCAUGGCUCUCACAGCUGAAGCCUAUCGCGCCGAGAGGCACGACCGUCUCUCCUCGAUCGACAUGGAAUCGGCGUAUUGGAAGUCCCGUGGUAAUUCAGACGAUCCACAUGACGCUGACGCACUCGCCGCGCUUCAUACGCAGCACACUUACGACGUCGUCAUGGCCGAGUUUGAGAACGACGCUGAUGAUACGCUUCAUUGGCUCAAAGACACACAUUUCCAGGCUCUCUCCCCACUUUUACAUCAGCUCCGCAGUUUAAAGUCCCUGAUUGACGCGCAAUAUCCCUCAAGCCCGGAAGAUUUCAAUAAAGUUGACGUAGAUCUAAAGUUACGUGUGGCACGGCAUAUCGUCGCUAGUCCAGCAGAUAAACUGCGGAUGAUGGAAACAUUUGGGUGGAGGUGGGAUCAAUGCAUUCCCUUAUGCUUUCCUUGUUGGUGGUGUAACACGUUUGGGCUCAUUGGUCUGCCAACAGAUGAGCUUUUCAAGCGAAAUUCGCCAUCUGUUCAAGGAGGGAAACCUAGUCAAGACCUAAGGGAGUGGAGCACUACCAUAGCGAACCGAGACCUGCAAGAUGCCCGCUAA